AUGACAUCGAAACAUUCUACUUUUGAAGCACAAGGCGAACAGUUACUAUCGUGGAUGGAGAGCACCACAUCCCAGUGUCCGAUCAGAAAGUCCACACUCAACAUGAUGCAACUACAAAAGUCCCCGCUAUGGAUUAUUCAAUCCGACACGGUAUAUCUUGGAGAGCAUUGGCACCACUGGGCAGACCGAGUAGGCUUUCCGAUCGUGAGUAUCGACAAGAGAUGUCUCUAUUCCAAGACGAUUCGCCAAGUCAAAGAACCGCCCGCCAUGACCAAGUGGAUUGGACGAGUCGGACCGGGAGUGAUCUUUGCAGACAAUUUCCGACGGGAGCACGGCUCUCAAGAUCCCUAUAUGUCGGAGUUUAUGAAGAGUGUGUACGAAUCACAUUUCGCGAUCUCCAGUCUCCAGCAUGUGGUGUUUACCAGUGUCGUCGAGAAGCAGACCUACCGGUUUGUAACUGCGCUGUACCACACUCGAGGCCUUUCUACUCCAUUGGAAGAUCCCCAGGCUUGGCCUUUCUCGGAGUUCUGUGGGAUUCUAGGAACGCCGCUUGGCAAGAUCGCGGGCGCUUUGGUUCUGGGGAUGUAUGGGCAGGGCGUCAAACGAAUUGGGCGCAUUGUCACCUUCUAUACGGAUUACGCGUUGCAUCUCCAAUUUGAUCUGGAGGAUGUGGAAUAG